AUUUUUAUUAUGCCAUUUAUUUGGUCUUACGUUUUGGUUCGUGUGUGAGAGAAAGAGAGAAAGGGUAUAUUCUGGGUUUCGAUACCCUUUGGUAACAAAAAUCAUCACCAUUUAUAACUCUUCUCAGCUUAACUAUUCAGACGUACUUCUCAUAUUCUUUGCUGAGUUUUGGGUUUGUUUCUCACCACGUCAGCAGGUAAGAUUUCUCUGUAACCUCUGAACCAUACGGGGAAUUAUCAAUUGUUGCUGCUACUUAUUUGUGUAGUUGACAAUAUGGUAAAGAUGGUGGCUGCGAUGAUGUUGAUGUUGGUGGUAGAUUAGCAAAGGGCCAAUUCCUCUUAUAAGUGGAUAUCUGUAUUUGAUGUUUUGAAUAGUGUUGUACAUUACGAUGGAUUAGUGAGAACUGAUGGACUCAAGGUUCAGGGCUAUGACAUUAUCAGGUGGUGGAUUAAUGGAAUAUAACUGCUGAGCCAUUGGAGUCAUCUUUCAGAUCUAAAGAAUAAUAUUGUUCAAUAUAACUAACAUACUUGAAGUUCACAUUUUGUAAUAAUGGAUGUAGUGCUUUCCCCCCAAAUACAGAAAGGUCGCAAAACUUUAUGUGCUGGGUCACAGAAGGAUCUAUGGCUUGUUGUGCGAGAAGGAUCUCUAAAUGAUGUAGAGGUGACCUUGACAUCAUUGAAGAAGAGUGGGGGCAAUAUCAAUUUGAGGAACACCUUUGGGCUGACUCCUCUUCAUAUUGCAACUUGGAGAAACCACAUUCCCAUUGUAAGGAGGCUUCUUGCUGCUGGUGCCGACCCUGAUGCCCGAGAUGGAGAAUCAGGAUGGAGUAGCCUUCACAGGGCUCUGCAUUUUGGUCAUCUUGCUGCGGCAAGCAUCCUUCUUCAGCAUGGUGCCUCUAUUACAUUGGAGGACUCCAAAUCUCGAAUACCUGUAGAUCUAUUCUCUGGCUCUGUAUUUCAGGUUCUUGGAAAUGAACACAGUUCAGUGGCUACUGAGGUCUUUAGUUGGGGCAGUGGUGCAAAUUAUCAGCUUGGAACUGGAAAUGCGCACAUUCAGAAGUUACCAUGCAAAGUUGAUUCACUUGGUGGUUCAUUCAUAAAGCUAAUUUCUGCAGGGAAAUUCCAUAGUGUUGCACUUACUGCUCGUGGAGAAGUGUAUACUUGGGGAUUUGGAAGGGGUGGCCGUCUAGGGCAUCCUGAUUUUGAUAUACACAGUGGUCAAGCUGCUGUCAUCACUCCCCGCCAGGUAACUUCUGGUUUGGGUUCCCGCAGAGUGAUGGCAAUUGCUGCAGCUAAGCAUCAUACGGUUAUUGCUACUCAGGGUGGGGAAGUGUUCACUUGGGGAUCCAAUAGAGAGGGACAGCUUGGGUACCCUUCUGUUGAUACACAACCCACACCUCGUAGAGUAUCUUCUUUGAGGUCAAAAAUUGUCGCUGUUGCUGCCGCAAACAAACACACAGCUGUAGUUUCUGAUUUAGGUGAAGUCUUUACUUGGGGUUGCAAUAGGGAGGGUCAGCUUGGUUAUGGCACCUCAAACUCAGCAUCUAAUUACACCCCACAUGUGGUUGAAUCCUUGAAGGGAAAGACUUUGACCAGGGUCUCUGCUGCAAAAUAUCAUACAAUUGUAUUAGGAUCUGAUGGAGAGGUAUUUACCUGGGGUCAUCGACUUGUUACUCCAAAACGUGUAGUUGUUAGUAGGAACUUAAAGAAAAGUGGGACUACUCCUUUAAAAUUUCACCGCAAGCAACGGCUUAAUGUGGUUUCUAUAACUGCUGGAAUGGUACACAGCAUGGCUCUUACAGAUGAUGGUGCAUUAUUUUAUUGGGUUUCCUCAGAUCCUGAUCUUAGAUGCCAACAGUUAUAUUCUAUGUGUGGAAGAAAUAUGGUGAGCAUAUCAGCCGGAAAGUACUGGACUGCAGCAGUUACAGCUACAGGUGAUGUUUAUAUGUGGGAUGGGAAGAAAGGUAAGGAUAAGCCCCUUGUAGCAACUCGGUUGCAUGGUGUAAAGAAGGCUACAUCAGUUUCAGUUGGUGAAACACAUGUACUAAUUGUGGCUUCACUCUAUCAUCCUGUCUACCCUCCCAACAUGAUCAAGAAUUCUCAGGAACUCAAGUUGAAUAACAAGGAUGAUAUGGAGGAGUUAAAUGAAGACAUUUUAUUUGAAGAUAUGGAUUCCAGUAACAUGAUAUCUAGUGUACAAAAUGAUACUUUCAGGCAGAGAUCUAUACCCAGCUUAAAAAGCCUUUGUGAAAAAGUAGCAGCAGAGUGUCUAGUUGAGCCACGGAAUGCCUUGCAACUUCUUGAGAUUGCUGAUUCUCUUGGAGCAGAUGAUUUGAAGAAAUAUUGUGAGGAGAUUGUCAUGCGCAACCUUGAUUAUAUAUUUACAGUUUCGUCACAUACUGUAGCAAGUGCCUCACCAGAUAUUCUGGCUAACCUUGAGAGAUUGUUAGACCAGAGAUCAUCUGAGCCAUGGAGCCACCGUCGGCUCCCUACUCCAACUGCUACUUUCCCUGCCAUCAUUAACAGUGAAGAGGAUGAUAGUGAGGUAGAGUUUCAAAGGAUUCGUGACAAACCUUUGUCUGCCAUGAAAUUGGAGAAAGUCCAAGGACUAGAUUCCUUUCUGCAGCCCAAGGAUGAUCCUAAUAAAGAAAUCUCCAAGGUAAUCCGAGCUAUAAGGAAGAAGUUGCAGCAGAUUGAGAUGCUUGAAGCUAAGCAGUCUAAUGGACAUCUUCUCGAUGACCAGCAGAUUGCAAAGCUUCAAUCGAAGUCAGCACUUGAGAGCUCACUUGCUGAGCUUGGUGUUCCUGUUGAGACAUCAGAUUUACCAGAAGGGAAAGGUAAUAAGAAGGGUAAAUUAUUGAAAAAACAAAGGAGAAAGAGUGGCAAAUCAAGUGUAGAGCAGGCAGAAUUAGAAUCUGUUUACUCUAAAAGUGAAGCCAUUCCCAAAUCGGAGGACCUGUUGGACAUUGACAUCAUGAGGGUUCCUGAUACGAAGGUGGUGGAAGAAGAGGAUACUAUCUGUGAACAGAUCACAGCAGACCAGGGUGCAAAAGAUUUAGCUUUUGUUGUGCAGAAGAAAGAUGGUUUAGAGUUGCUGAAAGCCAAGGGUCAGUCUCCAAGGGCUUCAAAGAAGAAGAGCAAGAAGGGUGGGCUUUCUAUGUUUCUGAGUGGCGCACUUGAUGAAGCCCCGAAAGAGGUGGCUCCCCCUCCUCCACCAACACCAAGAAAUGAUGGUCCUGCAUGGGGUGGGGCCAAGUUCACCAAGGGUUCUGCUUCUCUUCGCGAAAUCCAGGAUGAACAAAGCAAAAUAAAAGUAAACAAGCUGCCCGGGACCAAAGAUAAGGUGGAAGAUCUUUCUGAUCUUGGCAGUGGGGUGAAGAUAAAGUUGAGUUCAUUGCUUCCUUCCAGCCCAAUACCUGUUACCUCAACUCGUAGUUCCCAGGCAUCUGAGGGAGAAAUAAGUACCCCUCCUUGGGCUGCUUCAGGAACUCCUCCCCAUCCUACUAGGCCAUCGUUGAGGGACAUCCAAAUGCAACAGGGAAAGAAACAACAAUGCCUUUCACACAGUCCAAAGACCAGAACAGCCGGAUUUUCCAUCCCUACCAGCCAAGGUUCACCGUCCGAAACCACCACCGGUGUGAGCCGCUGGUUCAAGCCUGAAGUGGAAACUCCAUCCUCGAUUCGAUCUAUCCAAAUCGAGGAAAAGGCAAUGAAAGAUCUCAAGCGCUUCUACAGCAGUGUCAAGAUUGUCAGAAAGCAGCAAGCUUGAGGCCAUCUAUCUAAUAACGCAUCUAAUAAAGUAGCAAGAGAGGCUAUUUCCUGUUCUCCUCUACCUUGAGCCUUACCAUUUUUUCCUUAUCCUUUUUCACUUUCCUUGUUAUACAAUAACUGUGAAUUAAAAUAUGUACAGAUAGUUGCAGUGUACAUCCUUGUUCCUUUUAAAUCAAAAGUGUAGUUUUAGCUUCUUAGCAUCAUUUCAUGUUUCCCAAUUAGCGCUGUAUAUGACCAAUAUUUUUUUAUGUACUCAUUUUUAGCUAUUUCAAGUUAAGAGACUGGUCAAUAAUGAUCCUGAACCUGAUAUCAAGGGCAGACAUAGUUACAGAUUUCCCUGACUCAAGUUGCUUCAAGGAUCAAGAAUCUCAGAAUAAGAGGGCACUUCUUUCCAAAUAAGGGCUUUGUAUGGUCCCAUACUUAGGGAAAUAUUAUAUAUAUCCACCUAGAGUUGUUACAUUUAGUUGAGGAAUAGUUGGACUUUGGAGUGAUAAUAAUUGUUCAGCUUGCUUUUUAUAAGCUUUCUAUAUGCUAGCAUCUUAAGAGACUCUAUCAACCUUUUAACUUUGCAAAUCAAGUUCAUUUAUAUAUUUUAAGUAAAGCUUUAUGUUC